CCGACAGUAAAUCUUGCAGAAAAGGGGAUUGCUAGGGAUGUGGGCCACUGACCGAUGGUGUUACGAUAUGGGUAACGAGAGUGGUACCGCAGGGCAAGUAUUCAAUCCAUAAUACUUUCUCAUCUUUCAUCAUGCGAGGGAUUCCUCUUUCUUUGACCGCUGUACCGCCCAUGGUGAAGCACGCACUACGUCGUUUCUGAUAUGCCCUGCCAACGAUGAUCACACCUGUCAAAAUUCGAGCUAACCAGCUCACCAUCGUCGCGGCCACCGUCUCCGCGUGUAUUCUGUUGUUCACGUUUUUCAAGAUCGCGCCGCAUUCGCCCAGCGCAGCAUCGUCCAUUUCCACGCAGAUCCCUUUAUUUACCGCCCCGCCAGUGCGGAAUGGCUUGAAGGUUGCCUACGCAUCGUUUCUGUCGACAAGAGUCACCAAUGAGUCGGAAUAUGACCCGUACUUCACCGCGUCGCGGGUUCUUGCCUAUCAACUCCUCCACCAUCCGGUCACGAAGACCAGAGACAACAUCCCCUUAUUGAUCCUCGUACCCCCGCACGUCUCCGAGCACAAGCGCAAAAUCCUGGCGUCGGAGGGCGCGCAGAUUGUCCCCGUCGACCUCCUUCUACCGGACACGCCAUGGCUCAGCCCGGCGACGGACCGCUACGACGACCAGUUCACGAAGCUGCGUCUCUUCGGCCUCGAGCAAUAUGACCGCAUCCUCUAUGUCGACAACGACAUGCUCCUCACCCGAUGUCUCGACCCCAUCUUCGACGAGCCGGCCGUCAUGGAAGUGCAAACGACCGGCGCCGACCCGGCAUCCAUCGAGUCCGAUGAAGCGCCCCUGCCGAGCACCUACCUCUUCACCGGCGUCUCCGACACCGGCGGCGGGGAUCAUCCCUUCCCCCCCGUCGAGGGUGACGACAUCAACGGCGGAUUCUUCCUCCUUCGACCAGACCGCGCCCUCCUUGCCUACUACAAGUCCGUCCUCAACAUCCCGAACCGCUUCCCCAGCGUCUUCAUGGAGCAGAGCAUGCUGACGUACGCGCAUCGCCGCGACGGGAAUAUGCCGUGGCGCGCGUUUGAGAUGGGGAAGUGGAACACCAACUGGCCAAAUGAGAAGGACGUGGAAGGGGGGACGGCCACGCUUCAUGAUAAGUUCUGGGACUCGUUGAACAAGGAUUGGAUUGAUCGGAAGCCCGUGGAGAUGUGGUGGCGGAUGCAGGGGCAGAUGGAAGGAUUCUGGCAGGGAAAGAGAGAAUAAGAAGGCGUGCGGCCCUGAGGUUUGGAUACUGAGCUUCGUGAAUUGUCACGGCUAUGUGAAUAUAUGAUACCAUUAAGAACGGUGAAACUGUGGAGCGGUCGUGGAGCGUAAUGCAUUCCUCAUUUCGAUUUCAGUGUAGAUGUUUAGUGUAAUAUUAGAUAGGACAAUAGACUCGUCAUGCUAAUAGGAUAGAGACUUGGAACCUGACCUUUAAUAUUCGC